AUGGACCUCACCAACGAGCUGUCGUCCCUUGGAUCACUUCUUGAACACGAAAGGAAGUUGAUUGAAGAGAAAAACUCGAUUAUCACCUCUAAAGAUCAAGAACUGUUCUCACUACGUGAGGAACUGGAGCGAUCGCACAUAGAAGUUGAGAAGCUGAAAGGCCAAUGCGAUUCAAGAGCAACUGAAUCCGAAUCAUUGGCAAAGCAGUUGUUAGCUCUGCAAGAAAACUCGAAAGAAUUGAUGGAUAGGAUCGCGCAAGGCGAGGGUGGGUCGAAAACUGCUAUCGAGCAGUUGAAAACAGAAAAUCAAAAUCUCAAAGAGGAAAUCAGCCAACUUACUGUGUCGUUCAAGGAAGAAAAGGAAGGACUGGUGGCGAAAGCCAACGAGCAGGAGAAGCUCUAUCGUGAAGAAAGGAAAAAUACAGCCGAAAAUCUGAAGAAGGUUGAGCAUCAGAGGGAAGCCCUCGAACGACGUCUAAGGGAAGCUGAAGACGACGUCAAUCGCAAGGCGGAGCGAUUUGUUGAAAUGGAGAAGGAGAUUGAAGAUGAUCGACGGAUAGCAAACGAGAGAAUCAAUAAGCUGAAAGAAAUCAUUCGAGUAAAAGAAGAAAAGGCCUCAGAAGCUCGUAAACAAUUGGAAGAGUUAUCCUCCCAGCUGACUGAUAAGAACCGUCUUCUUCGCGAAAAAGAGCAUCAAAUUGAAGAGAGCCGUCGGAAAAUAGAAGAAUCAGUCAAUCACAUAGCAGAGGCUGAAGCGAAAGCUAGACAACUGGAGGCGGAGCUCUCACAGAGUGAGGCUCAGCGACUGGCAGUGACCGAUUCUGAAUCCGAUUUGCGUUCCCAGCUCAGUGAUAAUGAGACACUUCUAGCUUCAUUCAAAAAAGAAGUAGAAAAGCUAACAGCCGACUUAUCUUCAAAAGAGCAAGCCCUGCGAGAUGCAGCCAGUGAGGCUAGUGAGAAAGAGGAACACUGGAGAAGAAAACGCGAAGAAUUCGAGCAGCAGUUGGAAAGGAAUCAAGAACAUAACGAAGAACUGCUAUCUACCACCAAGCAGUUACAAAUUUCAUUGGAUCAGGAGAAGACCGAGAACGCUUCUCUCCAGGCGAAAAAUGGGACAUUGGACCACUCACUGAGUGAUGCACUGCAACGAGUUUCUGCACUUGAGACUGAGUUGGAAGAAUCUCGUAAAACGGAGGAAAAUUUGACGCAAAUCUCGGUAACUUUGCUGGUUGAGGAACAAAGUCGGCAUGAAGCAUCUCAGAAGAAGUACGAGAAUGAGGUUGUUUUGUUGAAGUCAGCAGAAAGUGCUCUGGCUGAUGUCAAAAUGGAACUGGAAUCUCUACAGAAGACAUCUGAGGAUAGACAGGCAGAGUUGGAGUCGUUAGUGCAGCAGUUGGAGGCAGAGAAGGCGACACUGGUCUCUGAUAGUGAAACUAAGGACCGAGAAAUCCGUCGGUUGGAGAGCUCAAAUGAACGAUUGCAAGGCGACCUGAACAGCAAAUCAAUGGAGCUUGAGCAAUUUCACGAACGUAUGGCAAAGUUUGAAUCCGAAAUUGCGGAUGAGCGUCGUAAACUGGAAACGUUGGAACAGGAGCGUCAGGGAGUAGUUGAAGAAUGUGCGUUGCUACGGGUUGAGAAAACGGAAGCCUUGAAGGUCAGUUAG